UUGACCCCGUCCGCGCAACAUUUGGUGGUACAACUAUAGCAGUGGAGAAACACUGACACUACAUCAGAUCUUAGAAGGCCCUCCAUCACUGUAGUAGCUUCGGGUACUGUCAACAGUAUUAGGCCUACACAUCGCUUCGAGAUAGUCGUCUGUGUCGGGUCUAUAGCAUUAUUUUAAUGGCACUGUAUUAUCAUCGGGGCUGGAUUUAUUGUGUUCUCUGUACCACUCUAUGCUGUGGGUUUGUGUGGUCAUCAGAGCAGCUGAAACGUUUUCCUCUCAUGGAUUCUAAGAACAUUCUAUUUUUUCCUGACCUGCUCGAUGAAAAAACCUUCGGUUUACAUAGUUCAGUUUGUCAAAGUCUUGUUGCAAGAGGACACAACAUCACCAUACUGGGUACUACGUCAAUUCUAGAUAAUUUUAUGACUGGCUAUCACGACUUUGAUGCGAUUUUCUAUGAAUCAUUAACAAACUCGUCAAAUUUCUAUUCUGACAGAAUACUUCUUGAAAAUUUUACAAGCGACAGCGUAAUGUCAACGUUGACAAAUCUAGGUUUGCAUUGGUUCAGAUAUUCUAAUCGUGAUAGUUACCUUAAAGAAUGCAGUUCGAUGCUUGGAGAUCAAAUAUUAAUUAGGAAACUGAUCAGUUCUAAUUUUGAUAAGAUCGUUUGUGAUGUGACAUUCCCUUGUUGCUCAAUUAUAGCCAGGUACAUCAAUGUUAGCUUCGUCAAUUUUGCAAGCAAAGGGCCGCUGGGAAGCAGACAUUUUCGUUGGUAUUACGUUCCAAAUGUACUUUCAAUUGUUCCAGAAUUUAUGUCGGGAUUCACAAAUCGUAUGACUCUAGGGCAGCGGCUACAAAACGUGUUAUUGUAUUUGCAUUCCGUUGUAGUUUAUGAUUAUUGGAUGUUUGGAGCGUAUGAUAAUAUGAAAUCAAAGCAUGGUGUAUUGCCAAGCGAGAGGACUUUCGAAAUUGUCGGCAAAGCAGAUUUACUUCUUUUAAACAUAGAUUUCACCAUUGAGUUUCCAAGACCCUAUAUGCCUAAUGUGAUUUUUGUCGGUGGUAUAUUGGCGAGAAAACCAUCCAAACUCAAUAAGGGGUUGGAAUCGUUUCUCCAUACGUCGGUAGAUGGUGUCAUCGUUGUAUCUCUAAAUUCUCAUUCAAUAUUUAAUCCUGAGCUUCUGCAUUCGAUAUCGAUGUCAUUGGCUACACUUCCACAGAAGGUCCUUUGGAACGAAAAUGGAUAUCUUCCACAAACACUAGGAGGAGGCAACAUGGAAAUUUUUAAAGCUAAUGAAUUAAAUGAUGUUCUUGGUCAAGGCAACGUGAAAGCUUUUCUUUUCAAUGGAAACAUAGAUGAAGCGUAUAUGGCCAUCUUCCAUGCUGUACCAAGUGUAGCAAUACCAACAUCCGCUGAAGAGUCUGAAAUUGCAUUACGCCUUGAAGACAAAGGAAUAUCGAUCUCUCUAAAUUUACAGAAACUAACGGGCACUGAACUGUCUACUGCUGUAAAUCAUGCAGUAAAUAAUAACACAUUCAGAGAAAGAGUCUUGUGGUGGUCUGAAGUUCAUCACGAUUUUCAUCAGAUUUUUCUGCCCCCUAUCGACCGUACUGUGUUCUGGAUCGAGCACGUGAUGCAAUUUGGUGGCGGACACCUGCGAUCGGCAGCCUUUAAAUUGAACACGGUGCAAUAUUUCCUGUUAGAUAUAAUGUCCUUUAUGUUAGUGUGCGUUGUUUUUUUGGUAUUAGUGAUCCGAAUGCUCUGUUUAAAGUACUGUAACAAGAAAUUGAGCACGAAACAGCAAGAGAUGAAGUUGAAGCAACAUUAAAUGUGAUAAUCAAGCUAACUUAAUUUCAAUUUAAAUUUCAAUUUAUUCAAGAAAACCGUCACCCAAGGGAAGAGAAAGAGAAAUACAUAAAGUACAUAAAAUACAUGAAAACUGCGCAAUAAAAUUAAACUAACUAAAAUACAAACCCGCUACAAGGAUUAAUCAUGAAGCAUGGUAAAUUAAAAGGUUUUUGUUAAAUUAAUAAUUUUAGUAAUAUUGUUAUAAUAAAAGCAAUUCUUGACACUGUCAGAAAUUCCGUGAUUUUCUUAUGUAUUGGCCCACAGAUGGUAUUUUACCAUAUCAAAUUAAAAUGCAUUAGGCCAGAUCAAAGCAAUGUUGACCUUUCUGUAUUAUAACCACUUGGUCUAAAACCGAUCUGAAAAAGACUAGCUACUUUAGGCCUAAUAUAGACUGUUAGUAAUAUUGUCGAUCGCUUUGUAAUUUGAUGUAUGAUUGUUGGUGUUAAACAUAUCGGUGUCCACAAAGGUACCAGAGAACCGUCUAAUAGUAAAUCUGUUUUCAUUAAGAAAUUACGUGAUAAUACGUGACUGAUGUCUAAUGGUGUUAAAAUAAAUACGUCUAAACCAUCCUCUGAAGUGCUUAAAUUUUACGAGAAAAAUAACUGAGCCUCGUUAGUUGUUACGUUAUUGUACUUUUAUUAAUGAAUUUUGCUUAUUGAAGUAUUUUUAGUACAUUGCUGUUCCAAUAAGCGUAAGACAAACGCAGUACUUACGAUUGAUA